ACGUCUCCGGAUCACGGCGGAGUCGACAACACUGUUCAGCUAGCUAACGCAGACGAAAUCUCCGUGCUGGAGAGUUACCAGCCCGGGGAUAACCUUGCGCUGCAAGAAUAUCACGAGUCUAUGCUAGAUGAUCAGUUGAGCUACCCUAUCUAUAAGGUCUCCUGUCCCACUAUUUCCCUUGACGGAUCGGAGGCGUCGAUAUCCGAGAAGACAUAUCUUAUCGGACGAUACGCAUUCGGCCACUACGCGCCUGUGGGGAGGUGCACCAAAGGUUACCCGGCGCUGGAUAUGCAGACCAAGCGGCUGGUGUGGUUCAAGGACCAGUGGCGCUGCGCUGCUCGUCCUCAUACGGAGCUGGACGCUUACAUGCGACUUCACAAGCACCACGUCACGUAUAUCGCUACGCCAGUGGCGGGUGGAGACGUAAUGGAACACCGAACGGUCACGCAAGACUAUCUGACGCAUUUGGCGGACAGUUGGAGGCCUUCUGAACGAGUACAUACUCGUCUGGUGACGAAGGAGGUAGGAAGACUGCUCGAGACAUAUAAGGACUCCUGGGAACUAUUAAACGUAUGCGCCGAGGCGUUCUUCGCUCACCAGGAAGCGUGGGAGGAUGCGCGCAUUCUUCAUCGCGACAUAAGUGUUGGAAAUAUCAUGAUUGACACCGAGACGGGCCAGGGUUUUUUGAACGAUUGGGACCUCUGCAGAUAUCGCGAGGAUAUGGAGACCAAGCAGCCGGCUUCUGAGCCUUCUGGUAUAUCAGGGACUUGGAUCUUCAAAUCUGCCCUAGCUCAACGAUAUCCACGCAAGCCUCCAGAGCUCGCCGACGAUUUGGAAUCUUUCAUCUACGUCAUCACAUUCCUCGCAUACCGUUUUCACCAUCACGAGCUGUCCUCGGAGCCUCUCGAGGACACAGAAGAUGCGCGGAUCACAGCCAACGCGAAUAAUCAGGAGCUCAUGGGUUUUGUUAACAUAUUUUUUUACGCUCAGAAGCGCGUCGGGAACGGAUUCUUCACGGGUGGAAGACUAAAGUACCAAACUAUUUUCUCUGGCGCCCCACCCGCACCGUUCAAGCCAUUCAAGAAUGGCAAGCACUCUCUCGUGGAGACGUUCCUUCUCAAGGCAUAUCGGCUCCUACAGGAGCAUUACUGGUCUUUGGACGAAUCGGAGUUCGCGGAAUACGCAGCACAUGAAGGCGAUUGCGCUGCUCCUGACGAAGUCGACGAAGUAGGAACCUCGGCUCCUCCUCCCAUUCCUGCCGAAGUGCCGACCAAAUUAUCAGGCCGGGGCUCCAUCUUCACCAGCAUGCGGGCGCGGAACGCUCGCCGCACUGUCAAGUCCUCGAAGGGCAAGGAGGUGUUCUGGGAGACUGUCGUCCAGGAGAAGCCCUUCUGCCCUUUCGACGACCCUCAGCCGGUGCUCGAGUCACACACUGACCUAACCUUCCUGUUCCUGAGCGUCGCGCAGGACGAGCACGGCCACGAUCUCGAUAUCCAGGCCUACAGGAACGACAAGCGUUUCGACCAGUUUUUGAGCUGGCGGAUGAUUGGUUAUCUGAACAGGAAGGGGAAGACGGGGCAGUGGAAAGGAAUCCCGAGCUGGUCGAGCGAUUAUGCAGCGAAGCGGAAACGGGAUGUGGAAGAUACCGGUGAGGACGAAGCUCUGACCCCGCCGAAAAGGCCCACUGUUCUCCAAACUGAAGGGCCACGAACCCGAGCUCUUGCGAAGGCUAUAGAGCAGGCGGUGGCUCUACAGGAGGCGGUGGUCAGGAGAGCAGUGACCAGAAACCGGAAAACAGCGACGGCAACAGCAGCUAGUCGGUCUGCGAAAACCGCACCCCCGAAGAAGGCUACAAGUGCCCAGCCGAAAAAGCACACGGCGAAAGUGCCCACAUCGCGUGCUGUUCCGAAGAAGGGCGGCAAGCCUCAACCGACGAAGACCGUGACAAAAGCGUCAGCUUCGCGCAAGGCGCAGGCCGCUCGCAAGUCUCCCAGUCCCCGACGUUCAGCCGCUGUGAAGGCGGAAACCACAGGGCGGCGGUCGAAGGUCACGAAAGCCGAGGCGCCGCCGCCGCCUGCACCGACGAGGCGACCCAAGCGGUUGGCCAAGAAAAGCUGA